CAAUACUUGUCUGUACAGAUGCAACUGGUACAGUUCCAGUGCCAGAUUUAAACGAUCUAUGUUAAUCAUGAUGAAUAGAAUGCAAAAGCCUUUACACUUGACCAUUGGGAAAUUCUUUCCUUUAACACUGCAAACAUUUGUCCAGGUAUCAAAAGCAGCUUUUUCUUACGCAACAGUUUUGAAGACGGUUUAAAAUCCAGAUACAUCGAUAACGAUAAUAGUUUGUUUUGUUAGAAACUAGAAUAUUUCCAAUAAGGCCAGCCUAGAAUAAGGAGUAUGUUUUGUCUAUAAAUUUAUCUUUAAAAUAAAAAAAACAUGAUCU